AGUCGAGACAAAUUGAUGAGCUUCAGGUUCUGUGAGAGACCCAGCUCAACAAAUAAGGUGGAGGCCCAGCAAGAUGGAGACUCGUGAAUAAGGGAGCUUGCCACCAAGGCUGAUGACCUAGCUCCAGAGCCAUAUGGUAGAAGAGAACAAACCCCCACAAACUGUCCUCUAACUUCUACUUGGGCACGAGCACACAAAUGUAAAAAUAAGAUAGGAAGCAAUCCAGGGAAACACCAACGAUCAACUUCUGAUCAACACACAUGCACAUUCCUGUACAACUCGUGCACACACCACACAUACAAAAAAGUCCAAAGCUGGGCACAACGGGACACCUGUGAGCCCACCAAUAAGGAAGCCAAGAUGGGGGGAUUUCUGCAAGUUCAAGGUCAGCCUGGCCCUUUUGAUAAGUUUCAGGCUAGUGUGGACAAUAGAGUGAGAGCCUGUCUUAAGGAAACAAAACAAAAUUUAAGUCAGUCAAGCUCAUGUUGAAACAUCUCUGAAUUGUUACUUUUAUAUUGUGAUAAAACGCCAUGACCAAGGGACUUACAGAAGACUCUUACCUGGGCUUUAAGUCCAGAGGGUCAGAGUCCACGAUGGCAGGAUGAAGGCAUGGUGGCUGGGGCUGGAAGCCUGCCCCAGUGGGGUGGUUUGACAAAAAAUGGGCCCCAAAGAGAGUGGCACUAUUAGGUGUGGCUUUGUUAAAGUUGAUGUGGCCUUAUUGGAGGAAGUAUGUCACUGUGGAGGUGGUCUUUGAGGUCUUGUAUAUGCUAAAGUCAUGCCCAAUGUCUCAGACCACUUCCUGUUGUCUGCAGGAUCAAAAUAGCAGCUCUUCUUUCAGCACCAUGUCUGCCUGCACACCGCCUUGCUCUGUGCCAUGAUGAUAAUGGACUAACUCUCUGAACUGUAAACUGCCACCUCUAUUAAAUGUUUCUUUUAUAAGAGUUGCUGUGGUCAUGGUGUCUUCUCACAGCAAUAAAACACUAACUGAGACACCUAGUGACAUCCUCCAAAAAGGCCACACUUUCUAAAUUUCCCAAACCUCCAUCAGUCAGGGACCAAGUGUUGAAAUGCCCAAGGGAAACUGGGACAUAUUCAAACCAUCACAGUCCCUGAAAUUUCUUCCCAAGUAGUUAAUUCCAUUUAUAAAAGUCUACACCUAUUUCACUGAGUUGUAACAUUUAACGCAUGCACACGGUGUGCAGAAUGUCAAAGGUGGCUGUGGGAAAACGAAAAGAAAUUUAUUUGGGGCUUUUUUGUUGUUGGUUUUGGUUUUGGUUUUGAGACAGGGUCUUACUGCAUAGCUAGGCUGGCCUGGAACUCACUGUGUAGACCAAGCUAACCUGAAACUUUCAGCAAUCUUCCAGCUUCUGCUUUACAAAUACUAGGAUUAAAACAUGCUCUGCACACCCAGCAAGGAAACCUGUUUACAGGACUGGCAGGUAAAGCGAUCCACACAGUUAUGUAAACAAAAGACAUAUUUACCAGGUCUAGGCUUCUAGCACAGCUGAAAUUUUUUUUUAAAUAUCUAUUUAUUAUGUAUACAAUGUUCUGUCUGUGUGUAUGCCUGCAGGCCAGAAGAGGGCACCAGACCCCAUUACAGAUGGUUGUGAGCCGCCACGUGGUUGCUGGGAAUUGAAGUCAGGACCUUUGGAAGAGCAGGCGAUGCUCUUAACCUCUGAGCCAUCUCUCCAUCCCCACAGCUGAAAUUAUAUGUGUGGAACACUUGAAUAUAAUGUCUGGGACAUGAUAAACACAAAAGUUACCCCUUCCCUCCUUUCUGUGGUCCAGUAUAUGGUGUCAGUAUCUUGGGUACAGUUUGUCCUGGUAGCUUGAAUUCACUUAAUGCAGCUAAAUGUUCAUGCAAGGCUUUUAGUUUCUUCUUACUUAUGUUUCAGUUCUUUCAACACUUGAGUAUCAAUAUAUUGCCAGUUUCUACAUUAAACACAAUAUAUCACAAUAAAUGGGGCCCAAGUCUGGAAGUAUAAUCAAAAAUAGAUUGCUUUUAGCCAGGCAGUAGUAACAUACACCUUUCAUCCCAUUACUUGGGGGGGAGAGGCAAGUGAAUCUUUGAGUCUACAAGAGUGAGUCCCAGGACAGCCAGAGCUACACCCUGUCUCAGAUAGAUAGAUAGAUAGAUAGAUAGAUAGAUAGAUAGAUAGAUAGAUAGAUAGAUAGAUAGAUAGAUAAUAGAUAAGAUGAGCCAACUCCUCCCAGAUCCUCCUUACUUCCCUACCAACCCAAAUCUACGCUCUUAUUAGAAAACAGGCAUCUAAAAAUAAUAAAAAUAAGAUAAGAUAAAAACAAAGCAGAAUAGGACAAGACAAGAACAAAAGUCAGAGAACAAAAGAAGUACAGGUGUUAAGACACACAUAGAACCAUAAAAACAAAACAGAUCAUAAUAUAUAAACAAGAAAUCUGUAAGGGAAAAAAUUGCAGACAAAGCAUUUUGAAACAAAAAGAAAAAGAAAAAAAACAUCCAAAAAUACCAUUGAGUUUGAUUUGUGUUGGCCAUCUACUGGGCCUGCCCUUAAGUGUGGUUUGUCUACCCAGUGAGAGUCUGAUGGAGAAAGCUAUUUUUUCCUUUACAAGAAGUUAUCCAUUGUAAUAGCUUCUAGGUUAGGGGUGCAGUAUGUGUCUACUUCCCCUCUCAGUGCUGGGACCCCAUCUGGGUUCAACUUGGACCACUCAGAUACAUGAAGCAUGAUCUCUGCGUUCAUAUAUACACCGUUCCUGUUGUGCCUAGAAGGCCUUGUUUCCUUGGUGUCCUUACCCGCCCUGGCUCUUGUGACCUUUCCACCUUGUCUUCCACAGAGUUCUCUGAGCCAUGAGGAGAGGGUUUGAUGAAGACAUCCCAUGUAGGACCAGAUGCUCUAAGACCUGUCAUUCUCUGCACGUUGCCCAUCUGUGGGUCUCUGUUUGUUCCAGUCUCCUGCAGGUGGCUGAGCAAGGCACAAGCAUCGCCACCUUCCUUUAGCAGACAAUAGUGUUUGGGUUCCCCCUAGGUCCAUGGCCUAUCUAGUCUCAGGUUCUUGGCUAUCCCAGGAAGUGUCAGGCAUGGGUUCCCUCUCAUGGAAUAGGCUUGAUUCCAAUCAGACAGUGACAACCUGAAGGAAGGAGAGAACCGGCUUCUCUGACCUCCACAAGUGCAUGCCCACCCUACCCCCAUAUUGACAAAAUUAAAAGUGACUAUAUAUAUGAUAAAAGAUCAGUCUCUGCCUUCAAGCUAGUCACCAUCACUUAUUAAGCAUAGUAAUGCUGGAAGCCCUGGGUUUGAUCCUCGGAACUGCACAAACAGGUAGAACAUGGAGGCCAGCUAGUCAGAAGGCCAACAUCUGUUUUAGCUACACAAGAUUGAGGCUAGCUUGGGUUACAUGAAACCCUGCUUUACAUUUUUAAGAAAUUGUUAGGCUUCUCAUGUGGAGAGUAACGAAUUUAAACCACUUACUUGCUGAUGUGUGUGGGGGUUAAGUUCAGCCUAGGACUGGAGGGGAAUAACACACCUAUCCAGAAAUCAUUCAACCUGGGAAUUAUUGUACCAAACAGAGAAGUCAGAACUCAAGAGGAAAUGAGAGUAUGUAGCGGGUUUCUUUAUGUUUUAUGAGCAUUACACGCAGGGAUUGCCCCCAAAAGUUGUGCCUAAAUUUCCCAGCUGGUCUGGAAAAUCUGAUUUGCAGGGUAGGCACACCGGAAGCUGCACGACUCACGACGCUGGGCCACCAGGGGGCGCCAGGUAAGCGGCGACCAGAGCAGCGCGAUGGCUGCGGCACGGUUACUUCUGCGCCUGGCUGGACGCCUAGAGUCAGUAAACUUCACGCAGAGUGUGUGUGGCCUCCUGGGCGCCGGACAGGGACCCGGGCCGUGGCACACGCACUGCAGCUUGGAGCGAGGACAGCUUGUCCUUUCCAGCCAUUCAUUCCCCGGCGCCUCGGAGAGACUUCCAAUCCAGAGACCCCCUUUCUGCCCUUUUGUGGCUCUGGACCAGAAGCCUGGGGGCUCCAGGACCGAGCUGCCCACGGAUAGAGGUGUGGAUGUGGGUGUGGCCAUUAUUCUUCAGUCCAGUGACCAGACUGUCUUGUUGACCCGAAGGACAUGCACUCUCCGCAUUUCUCCCAACGUCUGGGUUCCUCCAGGUGGCCACAUGGAACUUGAGGAAGAGGUCCUGGAGUGUGGCCUUCGAGAGCUGCAGGAAGAGUGUGGGCUUCAGCUGCCCCUGGCCCAGGUCUCUUGUGUCCUUCUGGGGUUGUGGGAGUCUGCCUACCCUCCUAGGCUGAACUGGGGUUUCCCCAAAUACCAUCACCUCAUUCUCUAUGUUCUUGUGAUCUCCCGGGAGUCACAGCAGCAGCUCCAGGCCCGGAUCCAGAUAAACCCAAAUGAGGUGAGUGCCUUUAUGUGGCUGGGGCCAGAUGUAGCAACAGCUGUGGCUGCCACAGAAGAUGGCACUGAGACACCCAGACUUCUCCAGACCCUACCAUCCUCUCUCUGUGCAACCGAACUGAAGGACGAUGGAGGAACGCAGCCUCUGGUCCUGCCUAUGUCCACACUCCUGAGGACAACCCCGACCUCAGCGGAGGACAAAGAACGGGUCAGUGCUGGAACCAAGUUUGCUCUCAGGCUCUGGCUGCAACAUCUGGGCCGCUGAAGGUAAAAGUGAUGUUUACAUGGAGCCCGGACCAGCAGAGGAAGGAUUGGUAUCUGUGAGAUGGUGGAUCUACACGCUUCUGCUGUAAAAACCUGAGACCCAAGUUCAGUGCCUAGAAUCUCCUUCUGGCGGCAGGAGGGUGCUACUCCAAAAAGCUGUCCCCUAUUGUCCACAUGACAAGCAAAGGCACAUAUGCCCAAAUACGCAGCAAUAAAAAUUUUUAAACGCCUUCUGAAAGUGAAAAGACGGAGCAUGGACCCUCUUCCCCACAAACCAGGCCUGGAAAUUGAGAUACGAAAUCACAGAACAUUCACAACCUUUAUUGUAGGCGAGAACCCUGCUACACCUCUGGGAACAGAAAAGUAAAAUCACAACAUAGGGCCUUGGCCCUGCAAGGGCCUGAGUCCUGGGAAGGAGAACACAGAGCCCCCACGUCCCACAAAAGGAGCAGAAUAAUCUAGGCCUGAC